AAAGAUGGCGACAACACAAGACACGUACUAGAGCUGCUGUCUUGUCUUCAACUAAAACAUUUAAUUUAGAUAACUGCAGUAAAUUUUACAGCUAGAUCUAGAUCUAAAAUCGUUCUACAAACUGCUACGCUGCUAUUGAAACCGAAAUAACUGAACGGGAAAUUCCGGUAUUAUCUAAAGAGUUAACGUCACGUUCCAAGGGACAGAACUGUCGCUGUUCAAAUUGAUCUCGCUAGAACUUAUUAAGUUUACAUUGAGACAUUUGAUCAGAUAUUCUAAAACUAAAAACAUAAUUUUAAUUACAUCAUUUUCAACGUCACAGUUUACAUUGAGAUACUCUAUCAAAUAUUCUAUGAGAUGGCCGUAUCGAUUCCUAUAAAGGAGCAAUUAGCUCAACUUUUGAACAAUCUGGAAGAGAUGAAAAGUUUCUUGAAAAUAAUUUAAGUGACUUUGAUCAGCAGGUAAAACAAGCAACACUGGAAUGGUUGGACAAUCCAUCAGAAGCAAAAAUAGAUUUUAAAGAAGUUGUUUGUAUAGUAACAACAGUAAAUACUGCCCCACUUGAACUUAAACAAACGAUUUCUGUUUCCUACACCAAGUAUCAAGCAAUGACUGCUGGAGAUAAGACAACACAAGAAAAUAAAAGUGUUGACUCUGUACACGAUGGAAAUUAUUCUGAUCUUCCUAUGUCAGGACAAGACAUCAAAAGCCACUCUGCUGUGACUUUAACUCUACAAGAUGAAGGGAAGAAAAAUAUGUCCAAUACAACAGACCUUUUAGUAGCUUUAACUACAAAGGUUGAAACUCGAGAAAGUGAUCUUAUAAAGCUGUCAAAAGAUUUUAAGACAAUGGAAACCCGGGUAUGUCAGCCUUACUUCUGUCAAAUUCACCUGCACAAAGACACACCCGUAACUACUGGAUCAAUUCUUUCAACAUUUUAUAAAGUGAGGGAGCCUAACGGCAACCAUUUUAAUAAAACAACAGGAAAACUUGUAGCACCAGAUGAUGGUAACUAUCUUGUUAUUGUAACGCUGCACGAACGUGAGGCUAAACUGAUUAAAAUUUAUUUGUACACGGGUGAUCAAUUUUGUAAGGGCUUUCUUGUUAACUCUGCCGACACAUCUGCCGCUGGAUCAGCUGUUGUAAACAUGAAGAAAGGCCAAGAACUUUACUUUAAAGUGGAACAAGCUGAUGUUGGAGCCAAGCUACAAGGAGGAAGUGGCUUCACUAUUAUUAAAUUAUAGAUUUAAACAUGCUAAUGACUUACUUGUUUUAACAUCUUUUUUUACACCACGGCGAAGUGAAAAACAAUUGAGUCUUAACAUGCGUGUUGAGAGUUGAAAUUAUCAAUUUUUGCCAUAUCACAAUUAGCAUGAUGACCGAUAAUUAGCAUAAUCACCGAUAACUAGAACAAUAAUCGAUUGAAA